AUGGUGACUUCAUUGAUGCUUCAUUUACAUCUAACAGCACCUGCAGUAGCUGGUGUUUCUAGUAGUAUCAUUUUGCUGCUCAAGUUGUUGUUCGGUUUCAGAUUCUUCAAAGAUGAAGCACUUUAUCAAUCCAGGUUGUUUCUUUUUCAAUUAGGUCAAAUAGCUUUCAAUAGUGAACCUCAAGUUUCAUACUUAGCAAGAAUGGAACGUGCUUUAACAUUAAUCUUUCCAACAUAUGCUACUGUCACCACUUCUAAUUCAACUUCUUCACCAUCAAAUCACGAGUUGCAAAAUGAACAUGAGGAAAUGUUCCAUUCGCUUUCAAUACUCACACUUUGA